UAAUACUCCAGUCUGGACGCACAGGGUGCUUUCGUUUCAUAGAAUAAGAAAACCUCGUCAUCGACAAGAAUGUCAGGCCGGGGUAAAGGAGGCAAGGGCCUGGGGAAGGGCGGUGCCAAGAGACAUCGUAAGGUUCUCAGAGAUAACAUCCAAGGAAUCACCAAGCCAGCAAUCAGGAGGCUCGCCCGCCGAGGUGGGGUCAAGCGAAUCUCUGGACUCAUUUAUGAGGAAACACGGGGUGUGCUCAAGGUGUUCCUUGAGAAUGUAAUCCGCGAUGCAGUGACGUACUGUGAACAUGCCAAACGGAAAACAGUCACUGCCAUGGACGUGGUGUACGCCCUCAAGCGGCAAGGACGCACAUUGUAUGGAUUUGGUGGAUAGUCAUCAGGAGAGAUGGUCGCUGGACGAUCGAGAAAAACAUUCAAAGAAAAACUUUAUAACCGACAGAAUGAAGACUCCAAAAGUUGAGAGACUCCAAAAGAUAAGAAGACUUCAAAAACUAAGACUCCAAAAAUUGAGAGACUCAAGUUGACUGGUCAAUAAUGACACUGUAAUGUAAGAAAAGAAAAAAAAACACGGGUGCCAGUACACCAUUUUAAUGAGCUGAGCUGUACUGUUAAUUAAAGAAAAAACUAUUUGAAUUGAAAUGUGAUUAACUUUUUUUGAAAAAGUAACUGCACUCCGUACAUACAAAAUAAAAUUAGUGUUUGCAAGAACUAGAUUCCAACAAAAUGACUCAAAAAAUUAGGAUUCCCAAAAAUUAAGAGACCCAAUUGACUGGUAGAUAAUGACAUUAUAGCGUACAAAAAAGGAAAGAGUGUUAGUGCAACAUUUAAAUCAGCUGAUUCGUACGGUUAAUCAAAAAAGAAAACUGCUUGAAUUAAAAAUGAGAUUUUUUGAAAAAAAUAUCUGCCAACUGUACAUACAGACUAGAUUUCGUGUUUGCAAUUGUACCUUUAAACUGAAAAGUAAAGUCGACUUUAGAACCUUCAACUCCGCUUACGACUAGUAAAAAUCAAGAGAAUAAAAAAAAGGGGGACAAAAAAAAGGGAUGAUGAUUAAGAAUGAAUUUAUUUUGUUUAAGUUGAGAGAAAGAUUUAAGUGUUUAAGCCAGUUUGAUUAUAUGAUUUUCUUUUUGUUGAUUUGAGAAAAAUUUAAAUUAGUUUUACAAGUUGUUAAUAAAAGUUAUGUUCAUGUCGAAUUUAA